AAUUAUUAGUAUUAUUAUGGCUCUAUUAGCGCAAUGCAGUUGCAAGGGCGUGCGGGCUUGUAUUCUUUGCGAGGUAUACCGUGGCCGCGUACCGGGCCAGCGUUUAAACGUGUCAGCAAUACGGAGAACGUUUGUCUUCUGCCCAAGGUGCUGCUUGUGUUUUGAAGUGAAUUCAGAAAGUGGUGAGUUGCUAAAAGGCGUUAUUCGUGUACCAGGCAUUCAGGUAGCGGAGGAGGCAAUUUCUGAACGCCACGAAGAGUUUUUACAAGAGAAUGUUGAGCGUUCGCCGUGGAUCGAAUCUCAGUCAGGUCGUCGAAAACAAGACUUUGGACCUAAAGUCAACUUCAAGAAGCAACGCGUAAAAACUGAUGCGUUUCAGGGCUUUCCUUCAUAUAUGGACAUAGUUAUGGGGAGCUUUUCGUCUCUCCCAGAGGAAAGUAUGCGUGAUUUUAAUCCAAUUGAACUGUGUAACCUUAAGUACAGUCCAGAGAGAGGAUCCUGCAUUGAUCCUCAUUUCGAUGACUUUUGGUUAUGGGGUGAACGACUUGUAACCCUGAACCUACAAGGGGCCACCGUUUUGACCUUUUCAAGGGCUCAAGACUUCAGUGAUCUCACUCAGACCAACAUCUCCUCUGUUACAGAAUUGACAAAAAAUAAUGAGAAUUACGCUCUGACCACCGACAAUAUUUGCAGACUGAGCCGAACGCAUAGUUGUGCUGGGCUGGAGCAGCUAGGAGCUACAGAAUGUGUUAGAAAGAAAGACAAAAAGGAAAAUAUUACGAACGACGAAGUGCGAGCUAAAGCUGGCGACGUCGUUCAUGUCGCAUUGCCACGUCGGAGCGUGGUCCUUGUGGCGGACGAAGCUCGCUUUCAGUGGCAUCAUUCCGUAUUGCGGGAACACGUUAGUGAGACCCGAUUAGCAAUGACAGUGAGAGAGCUCAGCGAGGCUUUUCGUGAUCCUACGAGAGAAUAUGAGUUUUCAUUGGGCCGUGAACUUACAGCAAAAGCAAAGAUCAACCCAGCUCUGUGAAGAAAGUCUGUCACAUAGUGUAUAUUUGAAACCCCCGGCGAUAUUGAAACACAGAACCAAAAAAAUUCUCUACCGGGCUACGCAACGACACUGCUUGCGAUUAACGUAGUAGUUUGAACAAUAUCGAGUUUGUUAGUUGUUUCAGUUCUAUCUUUGCUGCUGGUAAAUGCAUUGUUUUGGGAAUUAAAGUGUGCGGUGCUUUUGCAUGAUCUUGUCGUGAGGAUAUUACGAAUAUAAGUAAACAGAGGUGCCGUGAUUUUAAUUUGUUGCAGUCGUGACUAUAGAGUAGAAACUUUCGUAGUGCUUGAACAGAUCCAGUCAAAAAGGAGGGGUUCACUGAUACGACUCGAGGAUGUUAAUAAGCCUUAAUUUUAGGUGCUUUUUUCUUGUGCCACAUAUGGGACUGUGUGCCACAUAUGGGACUGUCGCACCAUAGCCACAGGAAUUUCAUACAUUAUUAGUUUAAGGUGAAAAAAAAGUAAGGCAUGGUAACGGCCAUGCCCUUCGGUUUUAGCAGAUAGUGAUAAAUACCGUGUAUAUUGACAAUGCAAUGUAGAGCGAAAAUUGCGUGCCGAUAACGAUUGAACAACAUAAUAAACAAGGCGAGUCACUUUUUGCUCGUAA